UGGGGGGUUGGUUAAGGAGACUGGGGGGUUCCCAGGAGCAGGUGUCCCUGGAAACAUGUUGCUGCCCCCUCUGCCCAGCGGGCACCCUCAGGCUCUGCCCCGAUGCCCCUCCGGCCCCUUGCCCAGAGCCCGUGGCUGCUGUACCUUUAAGAGGAGCCUGGCCUGGAGGGGAGGGAGGGGGGUCUGAGGAUCCCUGGAGGGAGAGCAGCGCAGCACCCUGUGUCUCCCAGAGCAGAGCCCUCAGGAGCCAGCCGGGCAGCAUGGCCAUCGGCGAGGAGCUGCGGAGCCGGCGGUUCUGGCGCUCCUUGCUGGCGGAGGCAGCUGCCACCCUGAUCUUCGUCUGGCUGGUGCUGGGGGCCUCGUGCCCAGGCGGUCCCGGGCGCGUCACAGCCCCACCGGCCCUGCAGCCGGCUCUGACGGCCGGGCUGGCGGCCGUGGGGCUGGCUCACUGCUUCGGCGAGGUCAGCGGGGCCCAGGCCAACCCGGCCCUCACCCUGGCCUUCCUCUGCACCCGCAAGCUGGACGCCCUGCGCGGAGCCGCCUACGUCCUGGCCCAGUGCCUGGGCGCCAUCCUGGCCUCAGCCGCCGUCUACCUGGCGCUGCCCGCGGCAGCCGCCAGCCACCUCGUCACCAGGGUGAGCAGCGAGGGCCACGCCGGGCAGGCGCUGGCCAUGGAGACCUUCUCCACCUUCCAGCUGGUCUUCACCAUCUUCGCCGUGGAGGACCAGCGGCGCCGGGGGGCGGGCGAGCCGGGCGGCCUGGCCAUCGGCUUCUCCGUGACGGCCGGAGCGCUGGCCGCGGGGACGUUCUCCGGGGGCAGCAUGAACCCAGCCAGAUCGCUGGGCCCGGCCGUCCUGACGGGCAUCUGGGACCACCACUGGGUGUACUGGAUCGGCCCCUCGCUGGGCGCGGUGCUGGCCGGCCUCUCCUACGAGUUCCUCUUCGCCUCCAGCGCCUCCCGGGAGAAGCUGGUCGCCUGCCUGACCUGCCGGGACAUCGACAUUGUGGAGACGGCCAGCGUGUCCCGCUCCUCCCUCUCCACCGCCCCCCAGGAUGCCGCCCGGGCCAAGCCGCCCCCCAAGGGGGAGCCGCGCUGAGCAGGCGCGGCCUCCCCCGCCCCGUCCUGCCCCCCAAGGACCUGCCUGCCUCCAUGAACCACCCCCUCCUCUUGUGAUCCAGCCCUCACCCCCCUGCUAGCCCCAAUGAGAACCCCCCACCCCCAGUGCUGCUCCAGCUCCGGUGCCAGCUGCACCCAGCAUCCACCAGUGGGGGCAGGGGACGGGCGAGACCAGGGCCACUUCGGAUCAGAACCCGCCACAGCUCAGUCCUGGGGCUCAGGGGAACAGGGCCACCACCUUUGGACAGAGCGUAGCCUGUGCACAGAGCCGGGGGCUGGGAGCCAGGACUCCUGGGUUCUAUCUCUGGUCUAGGGAGGGGAGUGGGGUCUAGUGGUUAGAGCAGGGCGGGGCUGGCACGGUCCAUGCCCACAGCCCUGGUGCUGCCUGGGAGCCCGACGGCUCCUCUGACUGGUGAUCAUUAUUGCCAGCAGCUCCCAGGCUGGCAGCAGUGGGUGGCGUAGCCCGGCCUGGUGCACUGCAGGGCGCUGGGCCCUCCACGUCCCUGUGCCAUUGCUGUUCCCACAGCCCCAGGGGGCGUCGGGGCACCCCAGACAGGGGGCCCCGGAGCAGCUGGGGCCAGGGCUGGGUGCUGCGCUGCUGCAUCUGGGCGCCCCACGGACCCCACAGCCACCGAGAUCAAGGGUAAAACGGCCUCUGGCUUCGUGCCCCCCCUUCGCAGGCUGGGUUUGCUCGUAGGUCUGGACCCUCCCCUGCCCCACAGACACACCCCACUCUGGUUACAGGCUCGUUUCAGGGGGGGCUGGCAGGGAAAACAAGCAGGCUCGAGAUACCCCACGUCUCAGCAACCCCUGGGGCAGGAGGAGGGCUGGGAACGCAGGAGGGCAGAGGGGCUGAGGCAGGGGCUGGAACGGGCACCUCGCUCGGGGGAAUCCGGCGGGCUCCCGCCGAGCUGGGCGGCCGAACGAGCGGCAUGGCAGGGUCCGAGGGACGCGCCCCGUGGGUGGGUUUAACCCCCUUCCCCCCCACAUGCUGCCCCGAUUAAA